AUGGUCGUCUUUCUCGCCAAUUCCAUCGCAAACCCUAUUUUAUACCUAUUUUUCAGCAGCGUCAUUCGAAAACAUGUCCUUUUCGACUUCCGGCAUCGCUUCAGCCUCUCGGCAAUGUAUAACGAUUAUGAAUAUCGAUCGUCAUUAUCACAGCACCGACAAAGUCUCCUCCGGGCCCGCGACACGACCAUCUCCUCGGAUUUGAACAAAUUCCCAAAAGCCAGCAUUUCGUGU